AUGCCGAAGAAGAAACGAAAUACCUUCGCAAUGGGUCAAUUUGUAUUCGCGAAGAUAAGGGGCUAUGUUCCCUGGCCAGCUAAAAUAAUUGGUGUAGAAAAAUACUUUUACCGCGUCAUGUACUAUGGCGAUGGAAAUCAAACAAAUCGCUUAAAGCAUUCAGCAAUAUUUGAUUAUGCGGAAUAUAAGGGCAAAUUUGUUAAAAAAUCCACGUUAAAAAAUAAAAAAUUCGCUGAAGGUAUAGAAGAGAUUGAACAUGCUAUUAAAACUAAAUAUGAUAAUAGUAGUGGCGAUGAUUCUGAUUCCGACGACACUGAAGCUCAACUAAAAGGGCUUGAUACUCAAACUCACCUAAAGGAGAUUGAAACUCGAGAUGAAAGCCUACAAGAAAAGAAUUUUGAUGUUCAAUAA